AUGAUGAAUUUUUCGCGCUCGAAUAUAGGUUCUGGCUCCGACAUCAAGGCACCAGCGACGACUAUUCUGUCGCCGGACAAUGGACGAUCCACGACUUCGGUUGACGAGAAGACUGAUGAGCCGGAAUAUAUUACUGGCCUGGCACUGGUUGCGUCGGUAGCAUCUCUCACUCUGGCUAUCUUCUUAAUGCUUCUGGACACCUCGAUUGUAUCUACCGCAAUUCCCCAAAUUACGACCAACUUCCAUUCCCUUAAUGAUGUUGGCUGGUAUGGAACGGCGUACUUGAUGGCCGUGUGCUCGGUCCAGCCUCUCAGCGGAAAGAUGUAUACGUACUUCAACAGCAAGUGGACAUUCCUCUCCUUCUUUACAAUUUUCGAACUUGGGUCGACUAUCUGUGGUGCGGCCGACUCGUCAUACAUGCUGAUUGUCGGGCGUGCUAUUGCUGGUAUUGGAUCGUCUGGCCUGCUUAAUGGCGCUUUUACCAUUCUUCACGCAAGCUUCCCGGCGCGGCGCCUUCCAGCUUUAACCGGAAUCCUGAUGGGAAUCACCCAGUUGGGCUCUCUUUCCGGCCCGUUAAUAGGAGGAGCCCUCACGCAGCAUGCAUCAUGGCGCUGGUGCUUCUAUAUUAACCUCCCCUGCGCAGCCGCGAUAUAUCCAGCCCUGUUCCUCAUCCACAUCCCCGACGGCCGUACAGCCACCUCCAAAUCUCAAUCCCUCACCACCUCCCUCCGUCAUCUCGACAUUCCCGGCUUCAUCCUCUUCGGAGGGACAAUGAUCCAACUUCUCUGCGCUCUCAACUGGGGCGGAACCACCUACCCCUGGCACAGCUCCACAAUCAUCGGCCUCUUCUGCGGUACCGGGGGUACACUCCUCGUCUUCCUCCUCUGGGAGGUGCACACAGGCCCUCACGCACUGAUCCCACUCGAGCUCGUUAAACGCCGCAUCAUCUGGUCCAGCUGUCUCAACUACGCAUUCAUGAUCGGCUCCGCAAUGUGUUUCACAUACUACCUCCCAAUGUACUUCCAAGCCGUGCGCGACGCAUCCCCAACCAAGAGCGGCGUCGAUCUCCUCCCCGCCAUCGUAACGACAAUCGUCUUCGCCAUGCUCUCUGGAAUCCUAGUGGGUAAACUGGGCUACUACCUCCCCUUCGCAAUCGCCAGCGGGGCCACGACAACAAUCGGCGCCGCGCUCUUCACAACCCUAACCCCCGCAACCGCAACAAGGAACUGGGUCGGGUUCCAGCUGCUUCAAGGAACAGGGCGCGGACUGGGUGUGCAGAUGCCGCUGAUAGCCGUGCAGACCGCCGCGCCGCGCGAGAUGCACUCUGUCGCGACGGGGCUGGUUGUGCUGGCGCAGAAUGUCGGGCCUGCGAUAUUCCUGGGGGUUUGCCAGGUGGUUUUUAGUGGGGGGCUGGAGGGAGCGUUGGGGAGGUUUGCGCCUGGUGUUGAUGGUGCCGUUGUUGAGGAGGCGGGCGCGAGGGGGUUACGGGGUGUUGUUGGGGAGGACUUGGAGGGGGUGCUGAGGGCGUAUAAUGAGGCGGUUGUGGAUGUUUUUUAUGUUUCUGUUGCGGCGGCGGCGGCUGCGUUGGUUUUUGCGUGUGGGAUGGGGUGGGUUAGUGUUAAGGAUGGAGAAAAGAACAGUAAAGUGUAG